UUUUCCUUGCAGUGGAGGCCAUAGUGGAGUUUGAUUACCAGGCCCAACAUGAUGAUGAGCUGACGAUCAGCGUGGGUGAGGUCAUCACCAACAUCAGGAAGGAGGAUGGAGGCUGGUGGGAGGGGCAGAUCAACGGCAGGAGAGGUUUGUUCCCUGACAACUUUGUAAGAGAAAUAAAGAAAGAUAUGAAGAAAGACCCCCUGUCCAACAAAGCUCCGGAGAAGCCCAUGCACGAUGUAGCUGCUGGAAAUGCUUUGCUGUCUUCUGAAACCAUUUUAAGAACCAAUAAGCGAGGAGAGCGACGGAGACGCCGAUGCCAGGUGGCAUUCAGCUACCUGCCCCAGAAUGACGAUGAGCUUGAGCUGAAAGUCGGGGACAUCAUAGAGGUUGUGGGAGAGGUAGAAGAAGGAUGGUGGGAAGGUGUACUCAAUGGAAAGACUGGAAUGUUUCCUUCCAACUUCAUCAAGGAGCUGUCGGGGGAGUCGGAUGAUCUUGGCAUUUCCCAGGAUGAGCAGCUAUCCAAGUCAAGCCUAAGAGAAACCACAGGCUCUGAGAGUGAUGGGGGUGAUUCAAGCAGUACCAAGUCUGAAGGUGCCAAUGGGACAGCAGCAACUGCAGCCAUCCAGCCCAAGAAAGUUAAAGGAGUGGGGUUUGGAGAUAUUUUCAAAGACAAGCCAAUUAAACUAAGACCAAGGUCAAUCGAAGUAGAAAAUGACUUCCUGCCGGUAGAAAAGACAAUUGGGAAGAAGUUACCUCCAGCUACGGCAACUCCAGAUCCAUCAAAAACAGAAAUGGACAGCAGGACCAAGACCAAGGAUUACUGCAAAGUAAUAUUUCCAUAUGAGGCACAGAAUGAUGAUGAAUUGACAAUCAAGGAAGGAGAUAUAGUGACUCUCAUCAAUAAGGACUGCAUCGAUGUAGGCUGGUGGGAAGGAGAGCUCAAUGGCAGACGAGGAGUGUUCCCUGAUAACUUCGUGAAGUUACUUCCACCAGACUUUGACAAGGAAGGGAAUAGACCCAAGAAACCACCACCUCCAUCCGCUCCUGUCAUCAAACAAGGAGCAGGUACCACAGAGAGAAAACAUGAAAUUAAAAAGAUACCUCCUGAAAGACCAGAAACACUUCCAAACAGAACAGAAGAGAAAGACAGACCAGAGAGAGAGCCAAAACUGGAUUUACAGAAGCCCUCUGUUCCUGCCAUCCCACCUAAAAAGCCUCGGCCACCUAAGACCAAUUCUCUGAACAGACCUGGUGCAUUGCCCCCAAGAAGACCUGAGCGACCAGUGGGCCCACUGACUCAUACCAGGGGUGACAGUCCAAAGAUUGACUUGGCGGGCAGUGUACUCUCUGGCAUCCUGGACAAGGACCUCUCAGACCGCAGCAAUGACAUUGACCUAGAAGGUUUUGACUCUGUGGUAUCAUCUACUGAGAAGCUCAGCCACCCAACCACAAGCAGACCAAAAGCUACAGGGAGGCGGCCUCCAUCUCAGUCGCUCACAUCUUCCUCCCUUUCAAGCCCCGAUAUCUUUGACUCCCCAAGUCCCGAAGAAGAUAAAGAGGAACACAUUUCGCUUGCGCACAGAGGACUAGACGUGUCAAGGAAGACUUCCAAGACUGUUACCAUAUCCCAAGUGUCGGACAACAAGGCAUCUCUGCCACCCAAGCCAGGGACCAUGGCAGCUGGCAGCAGUGGGCCAGCCUCUCUAUCUUCAGUGGCUUCCUCCCCCAUGUCAUCCUCUUUGGGACCAUCUGGACACAGAGCCAAUUCUCCAUCUUUGUUCAGCACAGAAGGAAAACCAAAGGUGGAGCCUGCAGUCAGCAGCCAGGCUGCUGUAGAGGAGCUUAAGACACAAGUCCGAGAGCUGAGGAGCAUCAUCGAAAGCAUGAAGGACCAGCAGAAACGUGAGAUUAAGCAGUUACUGUCAGAGCUGGAUGAAGAAAAGAAAAUAAGACUUCGGUUGCAGAUGGAAGUGAAUGACAUAAAGAAAGCUCUUCAAUCAAAAUGAAUACUUGAUAAUUGAGAUGGUACAUUAUUCACCCUGAGUCCGAGACUCAAAUUUUCUGCCCCAGCCAAAAUCAUCUUGUGCCAAAAGAUUAAAGGUUUGCCUCAAUAUGUCCCUGUUUGAACGAUUAGCACAAAAGUCUUGAUAGCACAACACAAAUUCCAUCCAAGAGGAGACUCUUUCCCAUGGUGUUGUCCUGGGUCUGGCAGUGGUUGUGAUUUAUAGCCAAUUGUGCUAAAGGCUUUUCUACCUUGAGAUCUCCUGUGAAAUGAAAACUCAGGCAGUUUAGUCCAUAGUACUAUUUUGAUGAUAUUUUCCAUUAAUAAAAUGUAAUUUCAGAUUAUUCAUUUACAGGCUUUAUAAUUUUAUGAUUUUUUAAAUCGUGUUUUGUCACAGAUGCCCCUAGUGUUUGUGCUAAUCUAGUCCGAAGCAAGUGUCUUGCUCACUUGCUACAGGUGGACUGAAUGCCACCUGGCUUUUUAUUCCCCUUUAGGAGUCUAUUACAUAUGCAAUUUGAGGUCCAACCCUUCUCUUUCCUUGCCAGCCGACCCCCACUCUAACAGAAAUUUUAGCUUAUAUAUGAUGGUAUAUUUACAAAAAGAGAAAGAGAAAAUCUGGUAUUUGCAAUGAUCUGUGCCUUCUUUCUACCACCCUCUUGAUUGGAGCUUUUGUGAUGCAGCUACCAUGAUUCCAAAUAAAGAAAUUUAAAAAAAACAACAAAACAAAACAACAACAAAAAACAAAAACAAACAAAAAAAAACCAACAAAAAACCCCAGCUACUUAUCCUUGUCCACUAGAGGCCGCUGUCUUCGCAGCUUCUCUCACCAUAGCCAAAGGUCCUAAGAGGAGACAGCUGGAAAGUCUGGCCUGCUCUUUGGUACCAGCUGUGACUUUUCAGUUUCUCCUACCUUGAGGUUGUUCAUGAAACUAGAAAUGUCAUUCCAGCUUGAUUGUUUUGUCAUCAGCCAAGUUAAACCUUGCUUCCUGCCUUUUACACCUAUUGCGUGAACAGAAUAUGCAUUAUUAAAGCAAAAAUAAAUAAAAAAUAAAAUGCAAAUGAAAACAGGGGGGAAUUGGAUUAUUUCCUGCACUGGGUUAUAUGUGUGUGUUAUUGUUUAAACUGUAUUCACAGUGUCAUUUGCCUUGCGCACUUGUAACCCCCUCCUGAGAUCCAGGAGAACAGGAGGAGGGUCUUGUGGAAAUGUAGCUAUUGGAUCUUUCCUGCACUUACAGAAUUGCUUUUUCUUUCCCAAUGAAACUGAUGUUUGCUUGUCUGCUUUAUCUUUAUAGUACACGAACAGUUCAGCCUUAGACUAUGUAACUGUUUUCUCAUCCUUAGCUGAAAAUGGGGGUCAUCCUGUACUGCAAGAUUGUUGAUGGGGUAGAGAUGGAGGGGUGGUCCCUUAAUGGCCCCCAAAUAUGUUUGAUGUGUUUCUAAACUGCUGCUUUGUCUAUUACCUGCAUUUUAUAGUGAAAUUACUAAACAUUAAUAGAUUUUCACUACCACAAAGAAUGAAAAUUGAUGACACAGAAGGAAUGAUGCAAAAACCUCACAUUAUUCAUUAUUGAAAAUAUAACAAAUAAAUGUCUCUUCUUUUUCUUCCUGUCUCCCUCCCCAUGCCUUGUUCUCACUUGCAUACUUGUCCUUUCUGCUCGAGGCCAUCACUUCCCUCCAUGUAAAUACAGAGUCUUGGUGCCCUAGCCUUCAUGGGUGGGGACACAGUUAGGGGAAGGGAAUAUGUAAAGAAAUCAUUCUUUAUUCCCAUGUGUGAAGAUAUUUUCCUUUUCAGCAGCCAUGGUCUCAGUGUGCUUGGGGCCAAGAGCAAAGGGUUUCUACAAGCAGUGUAAAGCAUUCCUGUUCCCCUUCACUGUGCUAAGCCUUUCUGCAUUACACUUGAAGCCUUCAGAGAUUUCCUAGCACCUAUUACAAGAGUGAGGACUAGAUCCUUGAUGUCUGAAUUUUCAUUUGUUAGAAAAUCCCUAAUUGAUGAUAUAGGAUGUUUCUGUAGAGUGAGAUCAUUAACAAUGAAACUGAGAAAUUGAAGUAUCCUCAGUGGGUGCUGGUAGCAUGCAAUGUAGAGGACUCAUGUCUUCCCCUAAGAGAGGCACUGGAUUGCUUUUUGGGGGGGAGGAUACAGAGACAGAAACGAGAGACAGAGAGAAAGUGAUUAAAGAGAAAUGAGCUGGUAUAUCCAGCUUCAUUACUAUCCCUUGGGCUAACCAGCGAGAAGAUUGUGCAUCACAGAACUGGAUGAGCCACUGCCCAAACAGCUACCAUCUUUACUCUUGACCAAAUGGACCCAUCAAGAAUAUCGAAAAGCUUGGAAUGGUCACUUUUUUGAAAAUUAAAAUUCCUUUGCAUUCAGCAUGGACUCAGCCAGGCAUCUAUGGAGAUUAUUUUUUUGCUUCAUUUUCUAAAGUUGUAUUUAGAAAAGUCUUACGUAUUGUGCUUUGUAAAAGAAGAUGAUUAAAAUGAAAGUUUGUGAAAA